AUGGCGAUCGUCCGGGCUCUCGGGAGGCCGACAUACUUCAUCACCUUCACGUGCAACCCGGACUGGCCCGAGAUCCGCGCGGCGCUGUUGCCCGGCCAGGACGCCCAGUCGCGGCCAGACCUGGUGGCGCGCGUGUUCGGCCAGAAACUGCGCGUCCUUCUGGAUGAGCUGACCAAGCGUGGCAUCUUCGGACGCUGCGUGGCUAUCUUGAUGGUCAUCGAAUUCCAGAAGCGCGGGCUGCCCCACAGCCACAUCCUACUGAUAGUCCGUCAGGAGGAUCGGCCGCGGACCGCCGACGACGUCGACGCCGUCAUCUCGGCCGAACUGCCCGACCCGACGCAGUCGGACCAGGCGCGGCGGCUCCAUGCCAUCGUCGUGCGGUCGAUGGUGCACCGGCCGUGCAACACCAUGCGGCCAGCCCCGGCCUGCAUCAUCAACGGCCGCUGCGAUAAGGGAUUCCCCAAACCGUACGCGGCCGUCACGGAGUGGCGGGACGAUAGCCCGUACCCCGUGUACCGGCGCCGGGCUGCAGCAGACGGGGGACAUGAGACGGCGCGCGACGGCCGGCUCAUCACCAGCCAGUGGGUGGUGCCGCAUUCGCCGUACCUGUCCCUCCGCUUCGACGCGCACGUCAACGUCGAGGUCUGCUGCAGUGUGCAGUCCGUUAAAUACCUCUUCAGGUAUAUAUACAAGGGCCCCGACCGGCAGAUGGUGCGUGCCGACGCCCUGGUCGGCCUUGGCGACGAGAUCGCCGCGUACCAAGAUCUCCGCUCGAUUGGCGCCAGCGAAGCCUGCUGGCGCCUAUUCGAGGAGCCCAUCAGCCGCCAGCAGCCGACCGUGGUGACGCUGCAGGUGCACCUGCCCAACCAGCAGCUGGUGUACUUCGAGCCCGGCGGUGAGCAGCAGGCCAUCGAGGCCGCCCGGCGCACCCAGCUCACCGCCUGGCUCGAGUACAACCGCGACUCGGCCGCCACCGACCCCCAGUGCCGGCAGCUGCUCUACCCGGACUUCCCGUCCGGCUACACCUGGCAGGUCGGCCAGAAAGUCUGGCGGAAGAGACGGCAGCAGCAGGCGACGGAGGCCAUCGGCCGGGUGGUGUACCUCUCGCCUCGGCACGGCGAGGUCUUCUACCUGAGAGUCCUCCUGCACCAUGUGCCGGGCGCUGCCUCCUUUGAGGAUUUGCGCACGGUCGCUGGCGUGCUGUGCGCCACCUACCGGGAGGUGUGCGCGGUCAGAGGCCUCCUCCUUGAGGACCGCGAGUGGGAGGCCACCAUGCGUGACGCCGCCCACGCGCAGAUGCCCGCCCAGCUGCGACGCCUGUUCGGCGUCAUCCUGCUCUUUUGCACGCCAGCCGCUCCGAUGCAGCUCUUCGAGCGGCACCUGAACGACAUGGCAGAGGAUUUCGUGCGGCGGCACGCCGGUCUGCCGGACGACCUGCAGGCGACGCUGGUGCUGCUGCAGCUAGAGGAGCAGCUCCAGCAGGCCGGCAAGCAGCUGGACGAGUUCGGCCUGCCGGUGCCCACCGCCGAGCAGCGCGCGCUGGCCGCCGACCUGGAGCACGCCGACGCCGAGCGGCGACACCUGCCGCGCCUCAUCCAGGAGGAGAUGGAGCACGACGACGCCGAGCUGCAUGACCAGCUAGCCGCCCAGCUGCCCGUCCUGCUGCCGUCCCAGCGGGACAUCUUUGACCGGGUGCUGGCGGCCGUCGACGAGCACCGACCGCUGGCCAUCUUCGUCGACGCCGCCGGCGGCACCGGCAAGACUUUUCUUUUCAACACGCUGCUGGCGGCGGUGCGCGCGCGUGGAAUGGUGGCGCUCGCCGUGGCAUACAGCGGCAUCGCCGCGACGCUGCUGGAAGGUGGGUGCACCUUCCACUCGCGCUUUAAGGCGCCGCUCAACCCCGAGGCCACGUCAACCUGCGCCAUCGCCGCCCAGAGCCCGCUGGCCGACCUGAUUCGGAGGACGGCCGUUAUCGUCUGCGACGAGGCGCCCAUGGCGCACCGUCACCUGCUUGAGGCGUUCGACAGAACGCUACGCGACGUCACCGGAGAGGACGAGCCGUUCGGCGGCAAGGUGGUCGUCCUCGGCGGUGAUUUCCGUCAGAUACUGCCUGUCAUCAGGCACGGAUCACGCGCCGCGGUGGCUGGCGCCUGUCUGCGCCGGUCGCCGCUGUGGCGCCACUUUGUAGUGGCCCAGCUGCGCACCAACAUGCGCGCCCGCCUGGCCGGCGGCGAGGACGGCGCGGAGCUGGAGGCGCUCGCCGACUGGCUCCUCCAGCUGGGCGACGGCCGUCUACCCGGGCCGGAGGACGGCUUUGUCCAGCUGCCAUCUGCACUGACCAUGGACGCCGACGUCACCGCCGUCAUCGACUGGGUGUUCGACGGGCUCGCCGACCACCACGACGACCACCAGUGGAUGGCGUCGCGUGCCGUGCUGGCGCCGCGCAACACCCGAGUGGACGCGAUCAACGCGGCCGUCACGGCGCUCUUUCCCGGCGAGGAGGUGCACCUCCUGAGCGCCGACAGCCUGGAGGAGGAGGCGGAGGACGAGCUGCCGGUACCGGUGGAGUACCUCAACACCAUCGGUGCUCCCGGCCUUCCGGCGCACGACCUGGCCCUCAAGCCAGGAAUGCCGCUGGUGCUGUUGCGGAACCUGGCCGCCACCGACGGCCUCUGCAAUGGGACGCGCCUCAUCGCCGGACGCAUCCUCAGCCCCCGUCUGCUGGAGGCCACCAUCGCCUGCGGGAAGCACGCCGGCCGGCGGGUGCUGAUCCCUCGGCUGCCGCUGCAGCCACCGGACGGCGUGUUCCCGUUUCGCUGGACGCGCUGCCAGUUUCCAGUGCGCCCGGCCUUCGCCCUGACGAUCAACAAGUCGCAGGGCCAGACGCUGGGACGGGUGGCCGUCUUUUUAGACGAGCCCGUUUUUAGCCACGGACAGCUAUACGUGGCGGCCUCGCGCGUCGGCCGGCCAGAUGACCUGCGCUUCGCCCUGCCGGCCGGCAGCCAGGGCGCCACCCGUAACGUGGUGUACGGCGAGGUGCUCGGCGACUAGCCGUGCCCACGACGGCGAUGGCGACAACCACGACAACGACGACGAGCUCAGGUUGUUUACCCGCAGGCAUCGGUGAGCUUUGCACUACCUGUCGGGAUUUCCCCUGUAAAAAAGAAAUGCAGUCCGAUGUGGCAGCCUCCACGCGGCGGGCUGUGGAUGAUACUAAUUGCCACACAAAGCUAACGGUGAGUGGUAAGUACAUAUUAAAUCAUGAUGAAUUGAAGAGGUGCCUAUUUUCUGCGAAUUCAUACGGUUUC